GAGAACCAGAGACGAACCCACUGCCUGCAGCGCCUUGCUCUCUGCAAACGCACAGCGGUGCUGCAUGGAGCCACACGACGGAUCGCCCGCACUCCCAAGAUGAAAGAGCGGAAAGUUAGGAGGCCUUUUUGCUGGUGUGGAUGAUGUUAUGUGAAGCACAGACGAGGAUUUACCCGUGUGAUUUUUAUUUUUUAUUUUUUUUCAUGUUCCACGUCGUUUAGCUAGGGUUUGAAUGGUUUGCUGUCCAAACUCCUGAGAUCUUUUUUUUUUUGGGAUUUACAACUUAGCACCAACAUGGUUUGGACUGUUUUGCUAUGUUACCUUCUGUCGCUGGUUCGUGAGCACAACACGGUGGACCCGUCGCCUCUCUUUCGUGGGCAUGUUUUUGAAAACUCAGCGGCGGCGUCCAAAGUGAUCGGACUGAGUGUUCCCAUGAAGCGCAUCAACGUGCCAGAACGGUGCGCCGAUUCCGGAUUCCACAUGAAACUAAGAGGGAACGGCAGCGAGGAUUUCGUCGUCGUGGCUCAUCACAAACGGGGAAACGUACUACUGAAAACUUCCAGGGCGCUGGACCGAGAGAAACGCUCCGAGUACCUCCUGAGUCUCGGCUUGUGCUGCCAGACGUGCGCGUCCGAGCGCGUCUCGUUUGAGGUGGCGACGCUGAAAGUGGUCGUUUUGGACACAAAUGACCACCCACCCGCAUUUGAAAACACAGACAUCCACAUAAGUUUACAAGACACGACCGCCCUGCGCAGUGUCGUUUAUAAGGCGGAGGCAGUCGACGAGGACGUGGGCAAGAAUUCCGAGUUGACGUACACCUCCAUACCCCAAAACGGCAGUUUCUAUGUGGUGCCGAAGACCGGCGAAGUUCUGCUGGUUGACUCCAUUCUGGGUCUCCCGUCGAAAGUCGUUUUUACAAUCUUCGCCAGGGACCACGGGUUGCCUCCCCUGACCAGUAAAGGCGCGGUAGUGACCAUAACGCCGCACCGGUGGGCCAGGCGCCCCGUGGCUUCCAAGAAACCGGGGGGACGUGCGCAACGGUCCACCAGGGCAUUGCUGGACGUCGGCACGGUGGUCUCCCUGAACGUGUCCGAAGACGCGAGCGUCGGUUCUGUGAUAACAACCCUCGGUGCCGCCAACCGGUUCCACGCAGCCACCUAUGAGUUGAUUUACCCGGGGGAUUCUGAGGGCUCCCCGGUUACUGUGGGGCGGGAUAGUGGAGAUAUCGUGAUAGCCAGGCGCUUGGAUAGGGAAAGCGAACCAUUCGUGGAGCUCACUGUAAAGAUCCAGGAUAAAAGAGGUCCAGACUGGUACCUGAACAAGGUGAAGCUGAAGAUCACGGACGCUAACGACAACGUGCCCGAGUGGAGCAUGGAGCCGUACCCCUACCUGGCGGUGGUGGCCCCAGGAGCAGGGCCCGGGACCCUGGUGUACCAGCUGCAGGCCCGGGACGGGGACGAGGGCAAGAGCGGGGAGGUGGAGUACUUCCUUUCUGAUGGUGGGGAGGGCUGUUUCUCCGUGGACAAGCAGACGGGCCACGUGGUGACCACCGGCGUUCUGCUGCGGAGGAACGCCGAGUACCUGCUGAGCGUGGCGGCGGUGGACGGGCUGGGGGGCCGCAGCGUCUCCGCCGUGGUGUCGGUGGUGGCGGGGCCUCGGGCGCCGCAGUUCACCAACAGCACCUACGCCAUCUCCAUCCCCGAGAACACGCCGGAGGGACAGGCCUUCCUGGUGGUGUUGGCGCUCUCCUUCCAAAAGCAGCCCAUCAGCUACAGCCUGCUGAUCAAUCCCAGCAGCCUUUUCAGCAUCAAGCAGGACAGCGGGGAGAUCAGCCUGACCCGGUCGCUGGACUACGAGAGCGACCAGCGGCGCUACCUCCUCAUGGUGCGGGCCAGCGAGGAGCCUGACAGCCUCAGCAGCGCCAUAGAGGUUCAGGUGGCGAUCACCGACGAGAACGACUGCGUCCCCGAGUUCCUCCAGUCCAUAUACAGUGUGGACGGGGUCCCCGAAGCCGUAACCACGGCAACCUCCAUCCUGCAGGUGCUGGCCACUGACUGUGACUCGGGCCUCAACGCUGAGCUCACCUACUACACCCUGAGCCCGGACUUCAGCAUCUCCCCCCAUGGCACGGUGUUCCCGGCAGGCCCGCUGGACUACGAGAGGCCCAACCACCUGUAUGAGUUUGUGGUGAUGGCGGUGGACCACGGCGAGGAGGCCCACUCGGGCACGGCCACGGUGCGGGUGAGGAUGGCCAACGUCAACGAUGAGGCCCCCGAGUUCUCCCAGCCCGCGUACCGCACAUUUGUCUCGGAGGAUGCGGGCCCCAACACACUGGUUGCCACGGUGCUGGCCAAAGACCCAGAUGGGGACGGGAUUAUCUACUCCAUAACGGCAGGCAAUGAAGAGGGCAACUUCGUCAUUGACAGUCAGAAAGGCCUGAUCCGUCUCCGCUCCACGCCGCUGCCCCGGCUCCAGGGGCUGGAGUACGUCCUCAACGUAACGGCCACCGACGACAACGCGUCCAGGGGCCCGCAUGCGCUGGCUUCCACGGCCAGGGUCAUCGUGGGGGUUGACGACGUCAACAACAACAAACCCAUGUUCGACGAGUGUCAGCAGUACCGCGAGCGCGCCUCCGUGCUGGAGAACCAGCCAGCGGGGACGUUUGUGCUGCAAGCGCAGGCCACCGACGCGGACGAGGGAGCGAACGGGAAAGUAAAAUAUGGGCUAAUGCACCGAGACAGCGCGAUGCCUGCCUUCAGAGUCCACCCAGACACAGGAGUGAUCGUGACGGCGCGGCGCUUUGACAGGGAGCGCCAGAGGGAGUACUCCAUCACCCUCACGGCCACCGACUGGGCCGAGGAGCCGCUCAUCGGCAUCUGCCAGCUCAACGUCCAGAUCCUGGACCUCAACGACAACAGCCCCAAGUUUGAGAACCUGCGUUAUGAGUAUUUCCUCCGGGAAGACACCAUGAUCGGCACCAGCUUCCUGCGUGUCGCGGCCCACGACGAUGACUUUGGCACCAACGCCGCCAUAAGCUACUCCAUGUCCCUGGAGGAGCCCGAGUACCUGAGGGUCCAGCCGCUCACGGGCUGGGUGUACGUCAACCAGCCCAUAUCACAGAGGACCUACAUCACCAGGGAGGUGGUGGCCACGGACGGGGGGAACCGCAGCACGUCGGUGGAGCUGGCCGUCACCAUCACCAACGUCAAGAACCAGCCGCCGCGCUGGGAGAGCCCCAGCUACAGCGUGGUGGUCCCCGAGAACACCGCCAGGGACACGCCCAUCGUGACCAUCAAGGCGACCUCCCAGCUGGGAGACCCGAGGGUGACGUACAACCUGGAGGACGGAAUGGUGCCGGAGACCAACAUGCCGGUACGCUUCUACCUCUCGCCCAACCGGGAAGACGGCUCUGCCUCCAUCCUGGUGUCGGAACCCCUGGAUUACGAGACCACCCCCCUUUUCUCUCUCCGGGUCCGGGCUCAGAACGUGGCGGCGGUGCCUCUCGCGGCGUUCACGACUGUUUACGUCAACGUGACAGACGUGAACGACAACGUGCCGUUCUUCACCUCCUCCGUCUACGAAGCCUCGGUCACGGAGGGAGCGCAGAUCGGCACCCCGGUGCUCCAGGUGUCCUCGCACGACAAGGAUCUGGGACUCAACGGCCAGAUCACCUACUCUCUGCUGAGCGACAGCACUGGGGACCAUGAGCUGUUCCGCAUGGACCCCGCCCUGGGAACCAUCUACACCGAGGCGGUGUUCGACCGCGAGGCGCGCAGCUCCUACCUCCUGGAGGUCCAGUCCGAGGACGGCCAGGAGUCGGCCAGGCCCGGCAAGAACAAACAGCCCAACUCAGACACGGCCUACGUGAGGGUGUUCAUCAGCGACGUCAACGACAACAAGCCGGUGUUCGCCCAGCGGCUGUACGAAGUGGGCGUGGACGAGAACGCAGACGUGGGGCUGGCCAUCGUGACCGUCAGCGCUAACGACGAGGACGAUGGGGCGAACGCCAAGCUGCGCUACCAGAUCACCUCGGGGAACACGGGGGGCGUCUUCGACAUGGAGCCGGAGGUGGGCACUGUGUUCAUCGCCCAGCCGCUGGACUACGAGCUGCAGAAGAGGUACAAGCUGCUGGUGCUGGCCUCCGAUGGGCGCUGGGAGGACUACGCGGCGGUGGUGGUCAACGUGGUCAACAAGAACGACGAGGCGCCCGUCUUCUCCAUGAACGAGUACUACGGCUCGGUCACCGAGGAGCUGGACGGCUCCCCCGUGUUCGUGCUGCAGGUGACUGCCACUGACCCGGACAAGGACGCAGACCAGGGAGCCAUCCGCUACUCCAUCCACGGCCAGGGCGCUGAAUCCCACUUUGUGAUCAACGACAUCACAGGGGAGAUGUACGCCCAGCGCACCAUGAACCGCGAGGAGCGCGCCGUCUGGCGCUUUGUCGUCAUGGCGACGGACGAGGAGGGAGAGGGCCUCACGGGCUUCACCGACGUCAUCAUCAACAUUUGGGACAUCAACGACAGCGCACCCGCCUUCUCCUGCGCCCCCGACGCCUGCCUGGGCACCGUGGCGGAGAACUCCCCGCCCGGGAGCUUCGUCAUGGAGAUGACCGCCGUGGACCUGGACGACGCGGCGGUGGGCCAGAACGCCAUCCUCUCCUACCGCCUCGCCAGGAACUCGCGCGCAGCGGGCGGCGCCGACCUCUUCGCCAUGGACUCCAGCACGGGCACCAUCUCGGUGGCGGCGGAGGGGCUGGACUGGGAGGCGGCCGAGUCGCACCUGCUGAUCGCCGAGGCCCGGGACGGCGGGGGCAUGGUCGGCACGGCGACCGCCACCAUCGCGGUGACGGACCUGAACGACCACGUGCCGCGCUUCGCCGACGGCCGCUGCGGCGGGCGCGUGUCGGAGGCCGGCGAGCCCGACGCCGCCGUGCUGGAGCUGAGGGCGGUGGACCCGGACGGCGGCGCCCACGGGCGGCUGACCUUCACGGUGGUGGCGGGCGACCCCGAGCAGCGGUUCCACGUGGUGGGCCGCCGGGGCGAGCAGACGGCCACGCUGCGGCUGAGGAAGAGGCUGGACUACGAGGCGCCCGGCGAGCGGAGGUUCAACCUCACCGUCAGGGUGGAGGACUCGGAGUUCUCCAGCGCCGUCCACUGCGUGGUGCAGGUGGACGACGCCAACGACAACGCGCCCGCCUUCACCCCCGACCGCCACCCGCCCUCGCCGCUGUCCGAGGACGUCGCCGUGGGGACCAGCGUCCUGCAGGUGACGGCGCGCGACGCCGACUCCGGGCCGAACGGCGACAUCACGUACAGCAUCCUCGCCGAGUCCGACCCGGAAGGACGUUUCUCCGUCAGCCAGACGGGGCUGGUCACGGUGGCCAGGCCGCUCGACCGGGAGGCGGCGGCGGCUUAUGAGCUGGUCGUCAUGGCAACUGACCGGGGCAGCCCGGCGCUGACCGGCAGCGUCGCGCUCCACCUGCCGCUGCUGGACGUGAAUGACAACGGCCCCGAGCUGGAGGCGGCCUACGCGCCCAUCCUCUGGGAGAACAGCCCGCCCCCGCAGGUGGUCUGGCUGAACCAGAGCUCCACGCUGCUGCGCGUCGUGGACAGGGACUCUGCGGCCCACGGGGGGCCCUUCUCCCUGUCCCUGCCGCCGCCCUUCACGCCCGAGUUUCACCUGCAGGACCACGGGAACGGCAGCGGCACGCUCACCGCCCUGCGGAGCUUCGACCGCGAGCGGCAGAGGGAGUUUAAUCUGCCGGUGAUCAUGAGCGACAGCGGCCGUCCGCCGAUCACAGCCACCAGCACCCUGACCAUCACCAUCGGCGACCAGAAUGAUAAUGCCCACCAGGCAGGGGAGAAGGAUGUGUUCAUGCACAGCCGAAAGGGAAGGUUCCCUGCUGCAUUAGGUAAAGUGUAUGCCCCGGAUCCAGAUGAAUGGGACAACAAGACCUACACAUUGGCGUCAAGUGCCAGCAAGUACUUCACUCUGAACCAGAGUUCGGGGGCGCUGACCGUCCGACAGAACACACCAGCUGGCAGUUACUGGAUGAGGGUGGCCGUGUCGGACGGCGUGUGGCCUGAUGUGAUGUCAGAGGUCAGGGUUCACGUCCGGGAUUUGGAGGACAAGGCCAUCCGCUCCUCUGCGUCCCUGCGGCUGACCGGCGUCGAAGCCAGAGAGUUUAUCGAUUCCCGUGUCACGGGGAAGAGUCGGCUGGAGAUAUUCUGGGACUUCCUGUCCAAAUCCCUGUCCGUCAGACCCGGGAGAGUCAACAUCUUCGGCAUCGUGGACGGAGGCGAGGCAAAGACGGUGGACCUGCACUUCUCCGUGCUGACGGACAGCGGCUACGUGCGUCCUGAGAAGCUGCAUGGCAUCCUCUCGGCUCACAAGAAGAAGCUGCAGUCCAUGCUGAGAGCCAACCUCAGCCAGGUGGAGGUGGACAGGUGCGCGGCGCGCGCCGACUGCAAGGCGGCGGGCGGCUGCUCCACGCGGCUCAGCGUGGACGACACGCCCACCCUGGUGGACGCCGGCGGGGGCUUCUCCCUGGCGUCCGUGACCCUGGUCACCGCGGCCACGUGCGGCUGCUCGGCGCGCGACCUGCUCCGCCGGCCCUGCUCCUCCUACUACCCAGGGAGCCCCUGCCUGCACGGGGGCACCUGCCUCGACACGCAGGACGGCUACAGGUGCCGAUGCCCCCUGCAGUUUGAGGGUCCUGAUUGCCAGCAGACUGGAAUUAGUUUCCUGGGCAACGGCUACGCCUGGUUCCCUCCCAUGAAGCCCUGCUUUGAUAGCCACCUCUCUGUGGAGUUCAUGACCGAGGAGGAAAACGGAGUGCUGCUGUACGCCGGCCCACUGGCUACGCUGCUGCCCGGGGAGCCCGAGGACUACAUGGCCAUAGAGCUCAUCGGUGGAACGCCCAGUUUAAAAGUCAACCACGGCUCAGGGACGCUGGUCCUUCAGCUGCCCAACAACGUGGGGGUGGCCGACCGACGCUGGCAUCGCCUGGAUGUACGCAGCAACAGCAAAGAGGUGCGCUUUACCCUGGACCGAUGCUCCAGCGCCAUCGUCAUGGAGACGGAGGGUGUGGACUCGUGGGCCAUGACCGAGGACCGGUCUUCCUGUGAGAUAAGGGGCAUCACCCCUAAUCGUGACAGGUACGUGGAUGGGAGUACGGUGCUGCAGCUGGGAGGGGUGGACCAGAACCUCACCGGCUACGAGUUCCCACAGCUCCGGUACAAGCACUUCACGGGCUGCAUGAGGAACUUGGCCGUGGACAGCAGGAUGUAUGACCUUGGCUCUCCGGCGGCGGCCGUCCACACCGUCCCCGGCUGCAGUCUGACGGACGGACCCUGCGCCCGCGCCGAGCAGCCCGCCCUCUGUGGCGAGAAGGGCCGCUGUCACGGAGAGAGGGGAGAGAGGGGAGAGAGGGGAGAGAGGGGCUCCUCCGUGUGCCAGUGUGGGCCCGGCUACACGGGGCCCCGCUGUAAACAAGCCGUGCCCGAGUUGUCCUUCGGCGGCCGGAGCCACGUGCAGCUGCAGCUCCUGGGCUCGCUGCCCGCCAGGCAGACGCGGCUGCAGGUGGGCGUGCGGACGCGCUCCUCCAGCGGGGUGUUGGUCAGCCUGAUCUCCCCGCAGCAGAACGAGUACCUGCGCCUGGAGGUGUUCCAGGGCCUGCUGUCGGUCCUCUUUAACCUGGGCGACGGAGACUACAACCUCACGCUGCCCCACCACCGCGUGGACAACGGGGACUGGCACGAGGUGGAGCUGGAUCGCUACGGCAAAGAGUUCACGCUGCGCUUGGACGGGGGCGGAGGACAGAGAGAGGUCACCGCGUCGCCCGGGCGCAGUCAAGAGCUCAUCAUCGACCAAUCAGCGGUCAUGAUUGGGAACGCCCUCCCCUCCGGACAUAACCGCAGCUUCCUCGGCUGUCUUCGGCACCUGCGGCUGAACGGGCGGACGAUGCCCCUGGACGGCCAGCAGCCCUCGGAGGGGGUCCAGCUGGUCAGCUCCCAGGGCGUCUCCCCGGGCUGCCCCUCGGACGCCUGCAGGAAGCACCACUGUUCGGCCCCCUUCGUCUGCGUGGACCUCUGGAGGCACCACGACUGCAGAUGCCCCCCGGGACACCUGACUAAAGAUGGCGCCGCCGGCAAGGCGUGCGUCUACACGCUGUGCGCGAGCCGACCUUGCCGCCACGGCACCUGCGUCCCGCACUCCCCCUCCCGCUACUCGUGCCAGUGUGCGGAGGGCUACCGGGGGCGCCACUGCGAGCAGACGCCGUCCAUGUCGCACAACCCGGACGGCAGCAGCCUCAGUAUCAGCUCCAUGUUCGCCAUCUGCAUCUGCAUCCUGGCCUUCUUAGUGUUGAUGCUGGGCCUGUUCAUGUACUCGUGCUGGAGACGGCACAAGGGCCUGGAGGAGGGGGUGUACCACGUGUCUGCGCACCACGGGGAGUGGGAGGACAUCCGGGAAAACGUGCUUAACUACGACGAGGAAGGUGGCGGCGAGCAGGAUCAGAAUGCCUUUAACAUGGUGGAGCUGCAGCGCUCUCUGCAGCCCAGUCCGGCCCAGUCCCUGAGGUACAGCUACCCACAAUGCAUUAUCUCCUACCCGCAGACCAAGCCCUCGCUGGACGGCGGCAGCCGGAGCACCAUGCCCAACGGCAGCGGCAGCGCGGCCAUCGCCCUGCGGCUGGCCGUGCCGCCCUCCGAGACGCAGGCCCUGCCCUCCCCCCUCACCUUUAGGCGCUCGGGCCACAGCCUGUCCUUCUCCAGCCAGGACCUGGCCCGCUACCUGUGCGAGGUCAUCCGGGACAUGGAGCAACCGGGCGGGGCCGCUGGCGGCGGCAGCGGCGGGGACCACCAUGUAGCGGGCGCCAUGACAACGCCGCGCCGCAAGGACCGCGGCCUGGUGUCCGUGCGCUCCCUCAGCUCCCUGAGCGACGGCCAGGGAGCGGCGGCGGCGGAGGAGGAGGAGGGGUCCUCGGAGGGCGGGGCCGCCGCGGGGGCCCGGGGCGGGGCCAAGCAGCAGCAGAGCCUGGGCAAGCUGGACAGGUUCAAGACCCUGAGGGCCGUGGUGGGGGAGCUGAGGGGAGGGGCCGCCGAGGGGCCCGGCCGCUGCAGGAGCCCCGGGGGCCCCAAGGAGAAGCAGAGGGAGAGCAGAGCGCAGCCGAACUGUGAAAAGAGCGGCUGAGCGGGAGACGGGAGGAGGUGCCAAAGGCUAUGUUAAUCAAGGCGCCGCCAGUCGAGGCGGAGCGCGGGGAUGAUGUAGUGCGAGGCUUGAGAACGCCAGGCUGCCCUGGAUGAAUGUCAAGUCUGCCAUUAUUGUACUUUAUCGAUAAACCUGACCAGGAACUCUUUAUAUGAAGUGUUUACCCAUGAAGGAUCUGGUGUGAUGUAUUGUUUACUUGGCACUGCACUGUACAGUAUGUAAUCCACAGGAAGCACAUUCCUGAGAUUCUAAACAAAAUGUCUGGUUUACAGAAGAAAUGUCUGGCAUUGAGUGCGAAAUGUAUUUCCCUUAAGAUGUUUUUUUUGUUGUAAACAAUCAAUAUGAUGAAACCAUUUCUGUGAUGAUAUUGUUUCAUUUGUAAAUCUCUAUUUCAUUGAAUGAAAUAAAUGAAUAUCUUUGAUAA